AUGGCCCCUCAUGGCAAAGAACUCUCUGAGGAACUGAAAAAAGGAAUUCUUGCUCUACAUAAAGAUGGCCUAGACUAUAAGAAGAUUGCCAAGACCCUGAAAUUGAGCUGCAGCAUGGUGGGCAAGUUCAUACAGCAAUUUCACAGUACAGAUUCUACUCAGAACAGGCCUCACCAUGGCCGACCAAAGAAGUUGAGUGCAUAUGCUCAGCGUCAUAUCCAGAGGUUGUCUUUGGCAAAUAGACGUAUGAGUGCUGCCAGCAUUGCUGCAGAGGUUGAAGGGGUGGGGGGUCAGCCUGUCAGUGCUCAGACCAUAAGCUGCACACUGCAUCAAAUUUUUCUGCAUGGCUGCCGUCCCAGAAGGAAGCCUCUUCUAAAGAUGAUGCACAAGAAAGCCCGCAAACAGUUUACUGAAGACAAGCAGACAAAGGACAUAGAUUACUGGAACCAUGUCCUGUGGUCUGAUGAGACCAAGAUAAACUUAUUUGGUUCAGAUGGUGUCAAGCGUGUGUGGCGGCAACCAGGUGAGGAGUACAAAGACAAGUUUGUCUUUCCUAUAAUCGAGCAUGGUGGUGGGAGUGUCAUGGUCUGGGCCAGCAUGAGUGCUGCCGGCACUGGGGAGCUACAGUUCAUUGAGGGAACCAUGAUUGCCAACAUGUACUGUGACAUACUGAAGCAGAGCAUGAUCCCCUCCCAUCGGAGACUGGCCACAAGGCAGUAUUCCAGCAUGAUAACGACCCCAAACACACCGCCAAGACGACCACUGCCUUGCUAAAGAAGCUUAAGGUAAAGGUGAUGGACUGGCCAAGCAUGACUCCUGACGUAAACCCUAUUGAUCAUCUGUGGGGCAUCCUCAAACGGAAGGUGGGGGAGCGCAAGGUCUCUAACAUCCACCAGCUCCGUAAUGUCAAUCAUGGAGGAGUGUAAGAGGACUCCAGUGGCAACCUGUGAAGCUUUGGUGAACUCCAUGCCCAUGAGGGUUAAGGCAGUGCUGGAAAUAUUAACACUUUGGGCCCAAUUGGGACAUUUCCACUUAAGGGUGUACUCACUUUUGUUGACAACGGUUUAGACAUUAAUGGCUCUGUUGAGUUGAGUUAUUUUGAGGGGACAGCAAAGUUACACUGUUAUACAGGCUGUACACUUACUACUUCACAUUGUAGCAGAGUGUCAUUUCUUCGGUGUUGUCACAUGAAAAGAUAAAAUAAAAUAUUUACAAAAAUGUGAGGGGUGUAAGCACUUUUGUUAGAUACUGUAUUAGUGUACAAUGAUAAAUGUUUUUUUUUUUUAUUACACAUACUUGUAUAUUUCUCUCUUAAGUCAGUUUGAGUGCAGUAUCAUAAGUUAAUUUGUAUAUACGUUUUGAGGUAGUUGGAGUGGGCUACCUAGAUAUCUAGCACCUAUUUGGAUGGAAGAGUGCCAGGACACAUUCUUGAUUUUUGUGAAAAAUAGAGAAUGCUGCCUGCAGGCUAAUAGCACUGUAAUCACUACAUUGGCAUGUACUUGUUAUGGUGCUUAGACAGACCUUUUAAUAAUUAGCAUUACUGUAGAUACUUUUUCUGCAUUAAUGGAAUGCAGUUGACAAUUAGAACAGCUAGAAUGUCGUUUCAAGUGUUUAGAAUCAAGCAUCUACCAAGAUUCAGUGGCUUAUGGUAAAAAUGAUUGUGCCUUGAUAUGUCCAAAAUCGAAACUAAUAAAAAGCAACUGAUAUAAGUCAACUUUUUGGCUGUGUUGUAUCAGCCACGGAGGGAUGACAGAGGAAGGGCUCUUAGCACAGUGAGCACUCUGCAGAUUUUGUUUUGCGGGAUGUCCCAUUGAUGUUUGGUGUAUUUGUAGGUAUGCCCUGAUAGAAAUGAAUUUGCAUUCCGAUGGAAUUUUUUAGUAGUUACAUUACAAAAACAUUACACCAGGUUGCUUAGGCAUACCAAUGUUUAUUUUUACCUAUUCCUAAUAUAAGGCCUCCUUGCCAGGAAGAAAUCUGGUCCUAAUUGUAUGGAGGACUCUCAACUACACAGUGCGAUUAGGCAGCAUUAUGACUGAUAUUGUCGGACUCUAUUGGGGCUUUUAUUUAUGUUUGGUGUUUUUUUGAGCUGACCAUAGGAGUUAAGAUGACCACAGGAGUUAUAGUGGCAUGAGGUGUAUAUUACGAAUUGUAUAUAUCACAGUAGCUUUUGUCAUUAUUUGUUAAGACAUGGCAAUUGAAUAAAAAUCAAGCAUGUGUGAUUACACAUACUUGUAUAUAUCUCCCUUAAGUCAGUUUGAGUGCGGUAUCGUAAGUUUAUUUGUAUAUUCUCUAUUUUUGACUUGUUUGAACAAAAGCAGGGUUACCAUUGUCAUAGCUUGUGUAUUGCUCUUCUGCAACUGUCACUAGUCUAAUACUAUCCUUACCUUUUAGUGUCACAUUACCCCACUCCCUCUAGCAUGUAAGCUCAUUGAGCAGGGCCCUCAACCCCUCUGUUCCUGUGUGUCCAACUUGUCUGGUUACAACUACAUGUCUGUUCGUCCACCCAUUGUAAAGCACUGCGGAAUUUGACGGCGCUCUAUAAAUAUCAUAAUAAUAAUAAUAAUAAUUGCUAAUGUGGCCAAAAAAGUGUGACCCAGAACCCAAGGGACAGUUUCUGCAGCUGUAGAGCACCAGAAUCACUACAUCGGCAGGUACUAUUAAUGGUGUUUAGGCGACCCCGUAGCAUAUUUUUUUCUCUUGGAGAUAUGGGGGUCCCUGCCUGAAAAUAACUGCAAUAAAGUUAUUUUGCUUGCACCUCUUAUUAAUAUUCUGGUCUUCUAAUUUCUCUAAUAUCAUUCUUAUCCUCUUAAAAGGAGAAAAUACCUUGUAGAAUGUUUUCUGCAAAUUAAUUAUGUGGAAAAUAUUUCCGUAUUUGCUAUUCAAUAUUUUCUCUAAUGGCUAUAUGUCAUGGCAGAGUCUAUGUUACCCGUGAGCUUAGAAUAUUGAAGCAGGAAUGUUGGUUUUAAUGUGCGACAUCAUGGGGAGGAACUUUCACUACAGUCAAUUUAUCCUGCCAUAGGGUAUAGCAGUACAAGGAUGGAUGUAUUUUCCAUUUUAAUUUGACACUGCAAUAUACUGUGUUAAUUGUUGAAUUUUCUUACUUGCAUAUUUUAGAAGGGCCCACGAGCAUUCCAAUCUAAGCUAUUCUAUUGUAACAAUUAUCUUAUGCAAUCUAAGAUUCUGGAAAAUCUUACAGAAAACAGCUCUGGGGUAUGGAACGUUUACGGAAACCUGUUCACUUAAUAUUUGUGGUGAUCAUCUGGAGUAGCUUCAACAUUGGAAAAUGUGCCUGUUAUUUAAAAUAUGCAGAUAAAUCCACGGCCAUAAAUACUGUCAAUGAGAUUAAGUGGAGACAGGUAGUGAUGGUUCGUAAACUUGUCAGGCUAAUAUGUUACUGUCAUGAAUCCUUCAUAAUACGGGAAUCUUAAUUUCUCAAAUGGCUUUCCAGUAAUUUACUUUAUUUAUCUUGAUUUUUGUAUUUAUGAUUCUCAGUCAGUGGGAUUUUCACACAUUUUCAAUUCAUUUUAAUUUGUAAAUAAAUGGAAGCGUAUGCCUCAAUAGGUAUAUUCUUUGAAAGUUACACACCAGAAAUGAAAAUCGUAUCCUGGAUAGUGCUGUAAGAAGAAAUAAUAAUAAUAAAAAAAAUAAUAAAGACAUGGUUGAUUUUUUUUUGGUGCAGUAAGUCUGGGAUGCAGUUGUCCUUUUAACCAGAGAAGAUUAAGAUCCAAAUAAAUUUUCUGAGGUUUCAAGGUAAAACAUUUGACAUUUAUGAAGAGAGGACCAAAGGCUUUAGUCAUAGUUUAGAGAUGUAUUGACGUAAGACAGUACUCAUAGUAAUAAAAUCUGAGGUCUUGAAAACAAUAUCAGUUCCAAUCUUUUGUGUGUAUUAAAAUGUGAGCGAAUUACAGAAUAUUCAUUUUCUGGAACAGGGAUCCAAGAGCAAAAGAGAAUAAUGCAUUAUUCUAAGAUAAUAUUUGCAUUGUAUGAUAAACUUUAUUUAAUAUUGGGUUGAAAGAUGAAAAUUCAAGACCAGAGGUAUGUGAACACGUGCUCAUCAAGCAUCUUAUUCUAAAAUCAUAGACACUGAACUGGAUCUUUUACUUUAAUGCAAUGCUAGAUGCAUCUCUUCUGGAAAUACUUGAUAUUAGAAAUUUGCACAAGGAAGAGACAAUAAGUGACCUGGGACACCGAUAUCCCCUUAAGGACACAACUUCUGGAAUAAAAGGGAAUCAUGAUGGAAUAUUUCCGUCAUGUGUCUUUAAGGGGAUAUUAUGUAAUUGGCCUGGUACAGCAUUUCAAAUCAUCUUAAAAGGUUUUUGAGGUUAUUUCUGUGUACGGGGUGAUCAUGUUCUUCCACGGCCAUCUUGACAUCUGAUUGCUCUGUGUUCCUUGCAUUGUAUGUUUAAUAUUGGUUUCUGAAUCAGGAAAGGGCCUUUACUAAGCUCCGGCACAAUCCAGGAGAAACUGCUACAGCACUUUAUUCUACAUAUAUCAACAUGUAUAGUUGGUAUUUUCUAGCUAAAUAGCAUGCUUUGGAAAUUUGCUAAGCUCAAAAUCAUUUGUCAGACUACUACUAAAUGGUGAAAUAUAAUAUAUAGCUCCAGUUUAUAUUGUUCUAGAACCUAAGGGCAGUGAGCGGAUGUUUUGGGUAACACAUGAAGGCCAUAGGCCCCAUUUAUCAGACAUUUCUCAGUGUAUAUAAAGCAACAAAUAUAUGGAUGUCAUAUCCAUUUUAAGCUGUACUUUAAAAAAAAAAAUCUUUGACAGUAGUUUUUAUUCAGCUAUUAAAAGGUAUUUUGUGGACAAGGGUGUGUAUUGUCUCUAUGUUUUGUUAAUAACAGAAUGUUUGUGAUUCCUCAGGGUAGUAUAUCACUUGUAUAUAUGAGGUAUUGACCAAAUUAUGUGGAUUAAGUUACCUCUUCCUAACAUGGAUGACUCACAAAUGGUGUCCAGAAGAGAACUAUAGAUUAAAAGAAAGGUUCCGUAUGUUGAUUCACAUCAUAUGGACACAAUGGAAUUCUGGGAGAGUCUAAAAGCUUAGUUUAGAGUUUGUAGCAAAAAUAGAAUUACUUAGACUGAAGUCUGUAUCAAAAAAAUAAAUCUAUAGUUAUGACUUAGAGGUUAUAUCUUUACCAAAUCUCUGAAAGAAAACAUGUCCGAUUUGAAGAGUCAUCCAGUCACAUUGUCUGUAUUGCAUUUACGUGUAAUACAUAAGGGUUUACCAAUUUUCAGAUCUGUGCUACACUAAUAUUAUGUAUUACUGCUGAGCACCAUAAACACUAGAGCAUCUUGUAGUGGUUAUGGUGCAACUGGAUUAAUUAAUUUCCCCCAGGUACUGUAUCGAAUUGUUUUCAAGUAGCUUGACACAAAUUGAGCUUCCCAGAUGCAUGCAAAGUCCAACCUCUAGCUCUAUUUUUAUUUAUACUGCAGAAGUAUCACUUUUACAUUUGCAGCAUCAAUUUCAUCUGAAUUUGAACAGCACUGAUUAUUCAGUUAGUCAAAUGCCAUUCAAAUUGCUGACACGGGACUGUAAAACCUGCAUCAGCAUAUGUCACCAAUAUUUAGAAGCAUGUGUAACAGGGGCCAGCUAUGCAACUGAAGCAACAUUUUGGAGAGGGCAAGAGAGGUUAUUGGACAAAUUCAUGCGAAAGAAGUUUAGAGAUGACCCCUGGGUGCAUUCACCAAUAUGCCCUAAUCUACUCCAACACACAUACAGUGUAAGAAUUCUGAGGGCAGUGUUUGUCAAGUCUAUCCUGGUUAGUGAUGGUUUGAAGGACUCAUCUAAAUUUUUGGGUGGGGCUUCCACCACCAUAAAUGGUUUGAGAGAGGGAGAAGCUGCAGGAGAACUUCACAGACAUUUCAGAUAUCGUCAAAUCCUGUUUAAUGACCAGAAAAUGCACAAAUGAGAAUUUUAAUUUACAUUUUCACUACAAACUUCUAACCACUAGAUUGCGCUGUUACACUGCGAAACAACAUAUCAUGUUUAACUAUUGUUUAAUUUUGUGAAAAUGCAUUAUGGCAGAUUGUAGGAAAGUUUAAUUUUAGCAAUGCAAAGAAAAAAUAAAGAAAAAACAUUCAUGCAAAAGUGUAUUUGUGUGAUUAUUGUAUAAUUAAAUUUGCUAUAAGUAUUUGAACUUAAACUGUAAUGUUAUUGUGAAGUUGAAAAUGUGUAAAUUAAAAAAUUAUUUCAUUGCAUUUCAAAUAAAUCAAGUUUUAAGUAAACUGUAGUUUUUGUAGAGGCUGUAUAUUAUAAUCAAAGUAGCCUAGGGGAAAUCAUAUUACAUAUUCUUCUUGCACUUUCAUAGUCAAUGGAUAAUUUGUAUGUGUCUGAAUAAAGGUAUUGGUGCUAACACCAUGGAUGAGAUAUAGUGAUUGCAUUAUUAUUAUUAUUGAAAAUUAUACACUAGAUCCUCGACUUUUUGUAAAUUUUCCAAAUGUUUCAAAUCUGUUAGAAAAACCUUCCAAAUGAUUUAUCUAGAGAACUUACCAUUAAGGUCUACCGGAGUGUUUGUAGAUAAACCAUAUGGAUAGUUUUUUGAAUAGUAUUGACUCUUUUAGAAAGCUUAUUAAAUCAAAGCCUUUAUCAUUUAUUGUUUACUAAUAAUUGAAUUGUUCGGAAUUUACAGAGCAUUCCAAAAUUUAGGCCACCAUAGCCAAAAUGGAAACUUUUGUUAUGUCAGCUAUGUUAUCAGUUUGGCUUAUUUUGGACUAAAAUUUUAAAUUCACUUUGAAUUCUGAACAAUAUACACACACAGACAGGCACCAAAACACACACAUACACAAAUGGACACAAAAAGCUGAGGGUGCUUUGCCGGCUGGUGACAUAGUCUAGAUCAAGUCCUUCUCAGCUGCUGUCCUCCAGAUCUGGUAGGAGCAAGAGGAACAGACAAUCGGUUCACUCCUUUACUCCUCCAGUUUCUCCACACUACAAGGGAGCAUUAUCAAAGAUCUGUGUGAAGGGAUAGCAUACUGCGUUGUGCUACCUUACAAUACUCUUCCACUAGCGCCAAUGAAUAAGGUGCACAAAGCCUAACCCCGAUAUGCUUAUCCCCCCGGGAAGUCAAUUAUAGGAAUAAAAUAAGGAUUCCACCACAAAGUAGGCUGUCUGAAUGCAGUGGGUAGCCCAAGAAACCACAGCCCACUAGAAUUCUCAUUUUGAAUUAUAGCUGAAGAUCCAGCAUGACAAGCGAUUGCAGAGGGACAGAACAUCUGUACACUGUGCACACAGAGCCCCAGGUCUUGGGACUCAAGACUAAUGACAUUAAGGAAAAUAUCUUUCCAGAGGCCAAUUGAAGGCGGUAGCCCAGGUCAGCCUCCCCUCCCACUGGCAAAAUGUGUGCAAAGUUUAAGUAUGUAUAGGACUGCUGUAGCCCUUUACUUGUCUGUGCCCCACCCAUCAUAUGCAUUGAUGAAUUAUAAAUAUGUAAGUAUUGGAUAUUUAUUAAUAUGUAAAUGAAAUAUUGUUGUAUUAUUUCUUAAUUGUAUGGGUAAGGUUGUUCAAAUGGGGGAAUAGAUUGUUAUGGGAUUCUAGUUUGUUAAGGCGGUCAGUUCAUAAAUGGCUGACUAGCUUGUUUGAUGUUAACUGUUUUAAUAUGUUAUGUAAACCUUAAUAAACAUCACCAUGGCCUGACGGCAACAGGUAUUUAGCGUCUUGUGUGAUUACUUUUAAAGUUCACUAUGGCAAGCACGGCAUAUAAAUUUGCCAAAACUUACACACCUCUGGUGCUUUUCUAAAAUAGGGUUUUUUUUCCAAUCCAUAAAUUUGCUAGCAUAUCUGCUAGCAUAAUGUAUAGAUAGAGUUUAAUGCUAUGUUAUAAAUAGCUAUAACUAUAUAAGUUGUAUAGUUAAACAUUUCUAACUCAACCAAAGUCACAGUUUGGCUACACAAUUUGAUUUUGAGUUCCCUCUUGCCUCUUUUGUGUAUAUACCCCAUUAACUUGAUUAUCUCUAAAUUGUAUAGCAUUUAAAUCUCAGUGGAAAAAGUUAAGGUGAGAUAGCCAAGUUUUGACAAUAGUUGAGUUGGAGAUUUUUUUUUAUAGAUCUUUAUCUAAAUUUUGCCAUUUGGAUUUUGAUUUGCCGCCAAUCUGAGUUUAGUUAAUAGACCCUCAUGAGAUCUGCUUAUUAGCUAAGUCCAUUUUGAAGUCAAAAUGAACCAGAGAUUGACAAAUUUGUAAAAGAGUCCAAAUCAUUAUCACUAAUGCAAAUUCAUUAUAGGAGAGGUAUCAAAGGGACAUAUUUGUAUCCAUAAAUCAUAUGACUGUGCAGUUAUUACAAUAUUGGCAAACUAUAAUUUAUAGUUAUGUAGAUUUGUACUUGCUAUUUGGUAAAAAUCAUAAGGCAGUAAUGUUCCCCUUGGAUCAAUAAACCUAUGUCUAUCCUCUGAUACUCACCUCCAAGACUUCUCUAGGGCUUCACCGUUCCUAUGGAACUCCCUUCCCUUCUCCAUUAGACUUUCCCCCAGUCUCCAUUCCUUCAAAAAAUCAUGGAAACUCACUUCUUAAGGAAAGCAUAUACAUUCAACUGUUAACAGCUCUCCCUUCCUACACCCAGAUUCCUCCCUGGCAACAGUCAUUAAAAAAAAUAAAAAAAAACAAUAUAAACGACCCACUUAACCCCCAUUGAAUAUUAUUCUAGCAACCUACUUUUCUACCCUACACUUACCUCUUGUGUCACUAAACCCCGCUCCCUCGAGCAUGUAAGCCUCUGUUCCUGUGCGUCCAACUCGUCUGGUAACCUAUACUUAUUUGUUAGUCCACCAAAUGUACAGCUCUGUGGGAUUUGUUGGCGCUUUAUAAAUAAUAAUGAUAAUAAAACUCUAAAAGUGAGAAAAAAAGUGACAGUUCCUCUUUAACCUUCCACCUCUUUAUCUCACUUUGUCUGCAGUCACGUGAAGGUCUACUGAAAAUAGACAGAAUAAUUACACUUGUCUUGUGAUUUAUUAUUGUACGGCUUUCAAACAAGUGUUAUGUUCAAGUUUAAAUUAUUAUUAUUAUUUAAUUGUUUUACUACUUGAAAAAAAUAUGAUGAUCAAAACAACACCAUUUUUAAGUUGUUUUCAAGACGCUGUAAAAUUGAAUCACUCUGUUUCUUUACAAUAUGCCCGGGGGUAAGCUAUUUAAAGGCAAGUUGUGUCUGCAGCUAGAGGGGUGUGAUUCUUGCUUGCUAGGGCAGCUUGCACAAGAUCUGAGUAUGUUAACAUGUGUGCUGCACUAUAUUACCUGUAUUAUUCUGUUUAUUAUGUGAUAAAUUAUUAUUCAGUUGCUGAUGGGCUAAUUCAGUUUUUGUCUGGAUCUAAAUUACCAUUUCAUAUGCCUUUAGUCUAUGUACUUCAGAGUUGUCAUGCUAUGAUUCAGGCUAACUUGGGGCAGUAUGUUGUUAUUGAUAUUUUAUAAAAUGUCAGAAUAUUCCAUUAGGUUUGAACCAGCAUUGUAAAUUCUGCAACUAGAGUGGACAUUAUAAGAUGUCCCUAUCACAUUUAGUAUAGCCGAAUAACGAUGGAGAGAUUGCUUCCUAUUUGUGAUAAGAAUGUUGAUGGAACAUGUUUGGGGUAUCAUCUCUCUGUAUGGUAAAAUUGUACAAAUUUGGAAUGUUAAAAUGUACAGAUUAGGUCUAUGUAGUCUAAUUUCUAUAAUGAAAACUUACACAGGGUUAGUCACUAAAAUAAGAAUUGUUAGGAAUUCAAAGUGAAUUUUGAAUGUAAGGUCAAAAUCCCCAAACUGUACAACAAAUUUUCUAAGUUCGCAGUUUUCUUUAACUAAAUUUUGAAACUAACUGUGUAUUACUGGAUAUUUAAUCCUGGUGGUAACUGAUUAGAACCCACUUUUUAUUAUAUAAUUUCAUUGCCACGGCUAAAUAAUGAUCAAGGACUGACACCUUGGUGGAAUCCGUACUUAUUUUAUAUGUUAUGGAACCAGCACCUAUUUCUGCUGUGAAAUUAUUACCAAGUUGUAAUGGAACCACACUCCGCCAGGACCCUAAUGCGCUUUGCCUUAAAUGAGUGCCUCCAUCUUGACUUCAUGUCAAUCACUACUAUAAACUCUGUCCUUCUGUCAUUGAACAUAUCAAAUAGGGGGAGUAGAAAAAGAAGCAAUGUUUCUGUUGCACUUCCUGCAAACAAUCAGUGCCCUGGUUGUGCCAUGACUGAACUGCAUUGGGAUUUAUCUGUAAAUCUUUAGUAAAUAAAAGAAAAUGGAGCCGAACUUGAAACAAAGGUUAAUAUACAUUAUAGGUGAUGUUCACCAUUUCAUUAAGUGAUGUAAUUUGCAGAGAACCCACGUUUGCCCUUUAAGAUGGUUUUUAGAAUUUCCACUGUGUACUCAUGAAAUGGUUAAAACUACUUGGUGUGCAAGUUUAUAAACUUUAUACAAAAGAAGGGUUUAUGUGUGGCCACCUCCACUUGAGAUAUGCAUUCCUGUGGGAUGUGCAUUAGCCUGGUUUUAUCAAGAGACAGUGAGGUAAUUUCCUUUCAAAACUAUCCACAAAAACCAACUUUUUGUGGUAACAGUUUCCCCUUGCUUUGUAAUCAUUUUAUGGGGAUUGGAUACUUGUGUGCUGUUGGAGAAAUGAUAAAUGAUCAGAAAUGUGUCUGUCAAUUCCAAAACCUUCCUUUUAACCCCUUAUGGACACCUGACAUGUCUGACAUGUCAUAAUUCCCUUUUAUCCCAGAAGUUUGGUCCUUAAGGGGUUAAACUGAUUUUGGACUCUUUGUGGAUGCAUUUGAGUGUGUAGAUCUUGUGCCAGACACUUCCUUUGAAGAAAUAACAAAAGUACUGGGUUCUUCUGGCAUUCUAGAUCGCAUACUCCACAACUCCCAUCACCCUCACCCAGUUUACUUUUCUUUUGCCUUGAUGAUGGCGGUGCUAGAUUGUUUUCAGAAGAUGAUGAAUGUUUGAAUCCUCAUCCCAUCACCAGGUUAAACCCUAUUAAAAUAGAGGGAUUUGUUGCCCCCCCACUACAUCGGUGGGGGCACCCUAAGAACGCUUUUAUCUGUCUACAUAUAGUGAGUGUAUAUAUUGUUGCGCACUAUUUUGUGUUUUUACAGUAUCACUCUAUAUUUUGUUUUAUGUCCCUUUGUAGAUUUACACAGCCUUAUCCGGAACUGUUUCUCUGUGGCUCUAAACCCUAUUAAAACCAGAUCACAAUUUUCUGUUACUCUGUAUCAGUACACGGAUGGCUUUCGGUAUGAAAACAAAUUCUGGAUCAAUGUAAUAAAUAUGCAGCAAUUGUCUUUGAAAACAGUUGGUUGUUCCUGCUAAAUAAUAAUCGGAAUGGUUUAAUCACAGACAAGCUGUAACAAUUUCUAAGUACCUACCUGUACAUUUAUGGAUGGUGGCAAUAUGUAACACACAAACAAACAAGCCCAGCAUCCAAUAUACCUAUAUGACCUGCAUGUUUUCCUAAACUAUGUCUGUUUUAUCAAUUUAAACAGAUUGUCCUCUAUCAGUUCCCCACUGCGAUCAUAGCUACACUGUUUCCUUCCAUCCCCAGUAUAUUUUAUUUAUUUUUUUCCAGGGCAGCCAGCAAACCAGGGAGUUAUAUGUUUUUCAGGGUCGGUGGAAAAGUGUUUUUUUUUGUUUUUUUUUAAAGAACUCAUUGAAAGAAAUAGGCUGUGAGAAUCAUCUCCAAACGAUUUACUUUUAUUAGUUCUACAAAUGUUCUCAGCUCCUGCCAAAUAAACCUACAAGGCACAGCAAAAUGCAUGGAAUAAGCAGACAGUUACUUAAUGGAAAACCUGCAUUUUUUUCAAUGCACCCACCACAAGGUCUGGGGAUUUGUAAACCUCAUAGGUUAUUGUGUGAGUAUUAUGAAACAAACAGAAUUUGGAUAUUAAAUCCCCCCCAUUUCCAUUGUUCUUCUGGUUUGAGAACUCCCUUUGUGAAAGAGCCAGGGAAAACCUAAGAGGACUUCCAGUUUCCUUCCAAGUGUGGCUGCUCUUUUUGGCUCUGAGAAGACACAGAGGACCCCCUGGCACUAGUACUUGAGCAGGAAUCAUGGAGAAGGAAUUUUGAAAAGUAUGUGGAACUUUCCAAAAAAGUAAGAAUACCCCCUCCCCCUUUUUUUCCACCCCCCCACCCCCUCAUACAGAAGCAUUGAAUCCAUCACCCAGUGGCAACAGUCCACCUUCCCCAGCUAUUUCGUAAGAGCUUACGAGAUUUGGGAACAGCCCUCUCUUAAGGAGCAGAUUGGGGAGAGGCGCUUCCCACUUGAAAGGAGACAGUCCAUCCGCACGGAGCAUCCUUGGAAGGCAGGAGGAGACCCUGAGCAUCGCUCUGACUGUAUCCUUAGCUGGACCGCGAGGAGGUACUAGAAGACCACUCAGCAGAGCAGCGGCUAAAGCAGGUCAGCCAGGACCCCACUGCUAUGUCUUCUUCUGGGAUCAUGAGGGUCAUAGUGUAGUAGGGUUAAGCUACUGAUACUGCUAAACUAGUUCAUGAGAUGCAGCGCUCCAGCCAUUCCCAUACAUAGUCUUUUUAUAGAGCAUUGGUUAACUCUCAGUUUGUUACAUCAGUAAGUGGGGUUCUAGGAGCAUUCUCCAAAUGAACACAGCAUUGCUUUUAGUAUUGGUCCAGUUUAUUGUUCUUUCAGCUACACUGUUUUUGUUUUUAAAACUAUUAGCUGGAAUACAGAGUGUUUGUUUUUGAUUUGUGCUUUUUUUUUUAAAUUGUGUUAAGAGGUUGUGGUUGAUUUACUUUUAUUAUGUAUAAUUUUAGCCCUUUUUACUUAUAUGCUAUAAAAUGCAAAAAUAAAAAUAAAAACUUCAUGGAUGCAAUAAUGAUAGUUAAUAUUUGCAGCUCUGCAUCGAUUUCCUUAGAAACUACAACUCCUACCACUCUCAGCCAACCAAACUUUGGCUGAGCAUAAUGGGAGUUGUGGACACUUGGCGCAGACCGGUGCAGAGCGCAAAUCCCCAUCACGCUUACCCAGUUAGUCCCUGUCUGGGCUUAACGGGAGAUGGUGAACGCAGCGACAGCCAGAGUCAGCCUUAUUCCACUCUUCUUGCUUAUUGUAUGUUAGUAAUUUAAUAGUUAAAUUGCUCUCGGUAAAUGUCUCUGCUGGUUUGCAAAUGCUUUCGGGUGGAUUAAAUGGUCUGUUUGUAGUUUGACUUUCCAGUAAAUGUGCUGGUUCGAUGUCAAUUAAAAGAACAAAGGUCUGUGUAAGUUGGGGACAGAAAUGCAUGACUUGUGUAUUACGUCAUGACAUGCAUGACGUAUUCUGAAAGAAAAAUGUAAACUGGGACAUCUGGAACCCUGGUGCAGUUUUUCAAUUAGGACAUCCUGGGGAAAUGAGACCAUGCUUUUGGUGCGUAGCAUAGAUACAUUUGUAAAUCUACUCCUAAAAGAAAUGUGCUUUGGUAACUCAGUCACAAAGCUUCAAAGCAUAUAUGAGGCUAAAUGUUUAAUGCACGAUUCACCUUUUGAGUGCCAGCGAUGUAUUUAACUGGCUUGCUCAAUGCCUUGAGCACACCUCAGAUAGUCAAAGGGUUAAUAUUUUGAUAGUUUACCAAAUGGCACUUUGUGCACCAAAUGUGGCUACUUAUUUACUAAAUAAGACAAAAUAAGAAAAAAAAAAUGCCCUAACGUCCAGUUUGGAAAUUUAACCCCCUACUCCCGUUCCUGGUAACAAAGGUGUUAAAGUCCAAAAAUCAUAUGGAAGAUAACUUUGGAAAAUUCUGAUGAUUUAUUACAGGAUCAGCGCACGUCGGUUUGUAAUAAAGAGCUGACCGUCUCGAAUUCCUUGUGCAUGCAGUCAUACCCAUUAUCCACAGCCAGGAGUGCUGUGCUUUAAAACACAUUACUGCAGCACCUGAUUGCAAAUGAAUGCACUGAUCACCAUGUGUUCAUUUUCCAAAGCUUUACAUUGCUUUCAAUUAAAAUAAUAAUAAUAAUAAUAAUAAAAAAAAAAUCUCAGUGCAACAGAUCCAAGUAUAAUAUCAUUUCCGUUUAGUAUAUUUAGUUUUGGGACUAGUCAGCUCAUACAAACUCACUCCAGAUUUCUCUAAAUGAACCUCCUUUAAAAAUGUGUAAAAUAAGUAGAAAACUGAAGGAAAAUUUUUUUGGCAAAAGGCUUUUCCCAUCACAGGAAUCUGUUUCAUUUCUUAAAGCACAAUUCAUUCUUUUUCUAACCUAUAGGUGUCGCUGUGAGACAGAAUAAAGUCUUUGUGUUAUAUGAUACCUGUUGAAGUACAUUUCUAGUUUAUAUUAAAGAACACUAAGUAGUUGUAUCUAAAGUAGAAAAUGGCAAUAUGUUAUCGUAGCCAGAAGUAACAAAGAACGAAUGUCCUUGAUGCUGUUUGUGUGUAGCAAAGUCAGCCUCCUGCUUGAAAAUGAGAACUUUUUAUGAAUCACUGUGUACAGAUCUAAUCUCUCUGCUAAUUUACUGUGACUAAUUUGCAACACUAAACCUAUUAUAUUGCCUUUCUAAUGCUGGCCUACUUGUUUCCUUUUGUUGAGUGAAACAGGUCUGUAAUUGAUAGGAUGGUAUUGCUUUACUGUGGCUAACAAGAUGAAGAUGUUGGAAAAUGUGCCUCCCUCCCUAACCCACCCUGUCUUGCUUGAUUCUUUUGUAGAAUUAUUACUUUUUAAAAAUCAUUUAUUGUAUUUUUUAGAACUUGUACGUCUUCGUUUUGCCUUGCUGUGAAAUAUUUCAAUAUGGGAAACUGACUAUUAAUAUGAAUUGAUUUACCUGGUGCAUUCAAGGACUAAUUAUUAGACCAAUGUGCUCAAUUUAUUAUAGAUUGGAUGCCUAAAGAGCAAUUCUGUGGUAACAUUCUAAAAAGGAAGCAAUAUGGAAGAUACAUGCUAUUGGUUUAAUGGUCAAAACGUCUGUUGCUUGCCUCUUGGCACUCAGAGGGUUAAAAUAAGGAAUAAUCGCAGGCUCUAGUUCAGCAUAGGGUAAUUGUUCCCCAGAAACUAUUUGUGCAAUGUAUCUGAGCUCAUGGGAUUCUGCCCUUGUCUAUCUUGCUAAUGGGUUUUGCCAUCUUUACCUGAAAUACCCCUAUUGUGUCUGGCUAGAUGAUUAAUCGAGGGAUUCUAAACUGUGACCCUUAAUCCUACAAGCUCUACAUUUGUAUUGCGGUUUUACUGCUCUGGCUACAUCUGUAGCAGCAAUCAGGAUGUUUUAUAAUCCUUGGAUGACUUGAAAGACUCCCUUGUGGGCAUUACAUCAUGGUUGUGUUAUCCUUUGGGUCCAAAGGGUUCCUUCCUUAACCAUGUUGGUGGUAGGGAGACUGAUGAUUCAUGUUUCUUACACUGUCAGCAUCACACUGGUUUUUAUACCAAGAGAUGCUCUGUAUUGUUGAUAUAAUAAUGGUAUUUUUUAAGCUUUUAUUGAAAAUCCUUUUCCUUUUCUACCAAGUCCAUCUAUUAGAGGCAGACACACAGUUGUUUUACCUUCAGCGAUUUAAAGCUAAAAUAAAAAUCUACAAAUUCCAGUUGUAAAUUAUUUUCAGAAUAAGCUGGAAAAUACUUGAAUCUUGGAAGCUGGAAUUAGUCUUACACUACCGAGAUUUCUGGCGUUUGACCAACUGUGGGGUAAAAAUGUAGUCUUUUGUUUUUAACCCAAUAUUGACCAAAAAUAAGUAAUCUGUCAGUUAUUACCCAUACAAUAUUUACAUAUUACUUGGACAAAGGUUCAAUAAUAAUAAUAAUAUUAUAUGUAUAACAUUUUCCUUGCCGAAACCUUAUUGGCAUGCAUUAUUGGCAUGACAUUAAAUAACUGUUUCAAAUUAGGAUGUCCCGGCAGUCCUAUAUGGCUUUCCAAUACCAGAAAAAGAGAAAUACUAUCCAUGUGAAUAUCAGGGUAAUUAUAAAAUAAUGUGCCUCCAGCUUUAAAAAAAAUAAAUAAAUGAAAUAAAUAUUUAACUAACCUGAAGUGCUUGAGUAUGCUGCCAGUAGAUAAGUAAUAGAUAACUAAAAUAAUAUUCCUCCUGGUACAGUAGUCAUUUUAGACUAGAUAUGUUAGAUUGAUUGAUCGAUAAAGUAUCUUCUCAAGGGACCACGUGAUUUUCCUCUUGGACCCCUUCACUUUGAAGCACUGUGUCGAGAAUGGGGUGGGGGCUUCAUGGUUACCUCCUGGUUGAGUGGAGUUCCUGGGAACCCCAUGCUGAUUUUAUUUAUUAUUUUUUUAAUGUGUGCCAGCUGGCAGCCCAAUACUGUCAGCAAGCUAUUCCUGUUAGCAUCAAGGAACAUUACCUAACAGUCAGUCAACAUUAAGAGGGCUGUCCAGGUCAGUUAAUGUUGGUCUACGUUGGUUUUUUUUACUGCAUGGUUUGAGUUGGCCUCCCUUCAAUUCUGUAUGCAGUAACUUUAAGAUAACAUAUUGAACUAAUCUUCAGCAUUGUUGUUUAAGCAACUUUCUUUCAAUAAUUUGGAAAAUGUGAAGUUACAAAUGGAGUUGCCGUUAAAAUAUAAAAAAACACAUAGUUAUUGUGCAUGGGACCAUUCUAAUUAAUAAAACAAAACAACACAACAUUUCUGACAUGAAAACUGUUUAUCUUAAAUGUGCCAAAUUAAAAUGUUAACUUAUUAAACCCAACAGCACAUACAUACAGAACCGCUAAUAAUUUUGGUGGUUAUCCACUAAUUAACUUUGAACUGAUUUUUUUAAUGCCAGGUGAGUGGUUGUGUUGGAAAAAAUCCUCAAUGUGGCUAUCAUCUAAAGUUAGCCACUGCUACCCCUGUACCUGCACCAUAACCUAUAAGAUGUGGUUAAAGUAUAGACCAAGGAAUUCACAAUAACUUAUCUAACUAUGUUUUCAACAAUGCACUCUUUGGUAUGGUUGUCAGCCUAUGAAGGUCUAUGUUAUACCAAGGUGCUAUGGAAAUAACAGUGCCCAUAACCUCUCCAACUCCAGUGCUAGGGCCAUGUCCGUUUCCCCUGAAAAUAUAUUCCCACAAUAAACAAAUGCAAAUAAUCUAAUAACAAUAAUCUACCUUACCACAUAACCCUUAAUGUGUCAGAGUCUUCCAUAACGCGACCCUAGAAAAAUACUUGAAAAAUACAAUAUUUAGUAUUUCUCCAUUAAAGGACCACUAUAGUGCCCUGAGGGUGCCCCCACCCUCAGGGUCCCCCUCCCGCCGGGCUGGAUGGAGAGGAAGGGGUUAAACUUACCUCUUUCUCCAGCGCCGGGCGGGGAGCUCUCCUCCUCCUCUCCGCCUCCUCUCCUCCUCUUCGGCUGAAUUAUCAAUGCUUUCCUAUGGACGCAAGCGUCUUCUCACUGUGAAAAUCACAGUGAGAAGCGCGGAAGCCUUCUAGCGGCUGUCAAUGAGACAACCACUAGAGGCUGGAUUAACCGACAGGUAAACAUAGCAGUUUCUCUGAAACUGCUAUGUUUACAGAAAAAAGGGUUAACCCUAGCUGGACCUGGCACCCAGACCACUUCAUUAAGCUGAAGUGGUCUGGGUGCCUAUAGUGGUCCUUUAAGCAGUUUUUUUUUUCCAUCUUACUGCUUGUAGGAUUUUUCUUGACUGCCCACUUUUUGAUGUCAGCUGUCAAAAAAAGCAAAUUAGUGUUAAGAAGGAAACUGGUCUGGUUCAUAAUGGCUGAUGCUGCUUUAGCCUGUAUAACCUUUUGCCACAGUCUUUAUUUCAAAAGUUAACUUAACAUUUGCCAGUGAAUAAUGUCAACAUAAACCCAUUAAUGCAGUUUAUUCAUAGUUGAAACUUGCGUCGGCUGUUCAUUUGAAAAUAAUGUAUAACACCACUUUAAUUAAAGUGUUAUCUAUCCUCUAUUAACUGCAAUAAAUCGACAAAUGAAUUGCAUACCCAGGGACAAAUAGCUGAGUUGGAGAAUGUCUCAAAAUAAACCUAGUUGCUAUUUUGUUCUAAGUAUUGCAUAUACUAUUUACUACUUUUGGAGAUUCUUUUUGUUACAAACUGCAAUUCAUUUUUAUUUGUGCUGAUCAGUUGAUCGUUCGAAUUCCCAAAUUCUGAGCCGAAAUGUAGUCAAACGUGAACCAAACAAAAUGAGUAUAAUGUAUGUUCAUUUUGAUACAUAAUUACGUGAAUGGCCCCAAACAAAGAGAUAAUUAAUGGGGAAAAAGCUGGUUGAUGGCACAGUCACUAAAGUUGAUUUCAUUCACUAAUCAACUAAAAAUGAGCAACAGACGGGAGAAAAGGAGAAUCAAUAAAUUUAAAAAAUAUAUAAAUCGAUAUUUAUAGGUUAUACAUUAAAGGAACACUGUAGAGUCAGGAAGACCCCCUUGCCCCUUUUAAAAAGGUAUAAAAUGUACCUUUAUUCCAGCACCACAUGGGUCCGGGUCCCAUAGAAAAGCAUUGGAUUGGCUGAGAAUCAAUGCAACUCUAUGGGGAAAGAGUCUUCAUGCAGAGCGUGGAGACAUUGAAUGUCAGUGCUGCACAAUAAGCACUGACCCAAGAAGCACCUCUAGUGACUGUCUGAGUGAUUUCCAAUGGAGGUAUCCCUAAGCAGCAAUGCAAACACUGACUUUUUUCUGAAAAGACAGAGUUUACAUCAAAGUGCCUGCAGGGACGGGGUAUACUCACCAGAACAAAUACAUUAAGCUGUAGCUGCUCUGGUGACUGUAGUGUCCCUUUAAUAAAUAUAUAAUAUAUAAAUAUAGAUUUUGUACUGUUCCUUCUCUAUUUUGGUUACUUUUUCUCACUUGGUCUGUGAUCCAAAUGAUGGGAAAAUGCUCCUAUCUGUGUAUUGCAAAAUAUAUGCAUACUGUUUAUAUUAUGUUUAUAUUUUGAAGGAUACUGAUUGGCACAUUUUUUAUGUGGUUUGUCUGAUUCAUUUCCCGAAUUGUUUUUCUGCUAUCGAAGUUGUGAUGAGUCGAAGCUCCAUAGUGCAAAUUCUCUACAUGACUAGUGGUGUAUUUCCAACGACCCCCAAAAACAAGAAUUACAAGAAGACAAGAGUGCAAGAAUGCCUGCUAACAUUCUUGCACCCAGAAAGAGAGAAGGAUGGGAGACACGUUUAUUUGAAACUCUUUGUCCUCCUGGACUACAACUUCUGGUUCAGCAAUAUCUUUAGCACCCAGCAGAAGAAACUGCCAUAAGCUGAGUCACUAGUGUACAGGAAUGUUCCAGACAACAUAUUUUGAAAAUAAAUGUCUCGGAUUUAAGAUAAAAUAGUCUCAUGAUAUCUUGUUGUGCAACUUAUGAUUGCUUUGGAGCAUUAAAGAAAUUUCAAUGCAGCCUGUGAGUUUUUUUUCAUAAAUAUAAGAUUUUAAUGAACAAAAAAUAACAACUCAAAAAUAACAUUACCACUUUAACUAGGCCUCUAGUUUAGAGUUAUAUACGGGACAGGUUGCUACAGGCAAGAGUUUUCUGGAACUUUGUGGUCAUCUGGUGUUGAUUCCAAGACAAGUGGCCUGGUUGCAUGACACUAGCACGUUCCAAGCUCAGUAGGAGCUGAGAUAAAAAUAAUAAAUGAAACCUUUGAUUCCCUCUCUUAAACAUUAUUCCUUUUAUGGUUACAGAUCCAUUCAUGUUGUUGUGAUCCGAUAAAGACUGAAAAAUGA